AUGUCAUCAGCAUCAUACAGAGAUUUGAUUCCCUACGGACCAUUCCGAGCAAGAAGAGUUGAUACACCAAUUGCCACACGUAAUGAAAACGGAGCCACAAACUCUCAUUCCUCCUCCUCAUCAUCUUCACCAUCAUUAGAAUCGAAUUUAAUGGAAAAGAAAUUGGCUCUUGUUGAAUUUAAAAUUGAAAUGUUGAGUUUGGAUGAAGAGGAAAAACUCAAGUACUAUACAGAAAAGUUUAAUGAAACGAGAACAGUUCUUUUGGAUCAGUUCAAAUUGGUUGACUUUGUAAAGUUGGUUGAGAAUGAAGGGAGACUUGAUGAGUUACACAAAUUGAAAGUCUCAAUUAUUGAUAAUUAA